GUGCUUGUUUUAAUCAAAGUUUCUUGUACUUACAGAGUGUAGAGUACAGUACCUUGAAGGAACUCUCCCUCAGCUCCGAAAACCUUCGUAUCUGUCUGGAUGAGGAGAAAUCUCUCAUUGGCUGUUUCUGGACAACCCAGCUCCCUAAGGGUGGUAGUGAUGCCAAAGUCACGGCGGAGAACAAACUCCUACGCGCUGAACUGUUUACGAUCCAGUCCAAGUAUGAGCUGAUGGUGAAGAUGGUACAGGAUGCUGAGACUCGGCUCCAUACCAGUAACAAACAGAAACAGAGUAUGGAGGAGAUAAUACAUCGUCAGUGUGAGUAGACACUGGGCUAUUCUUACUCUUAGUGAUCUCAUCAUGUUUCUGGGGUGGUUUUUUUAACCGUGUUAUAAUAACUCAUUCACCCCUGAAAUUUCAUAUGACCUAUUCCA